AUGGAAGGGGAGAGUAAGUUCUGUGCUACGUCAUUAGAAUCCAUGGUGGAGUUUAACAUGAUGAGUUUGGAAACAAGAGACGUGCAUGCAAGCUCAACAAAAGUGAAUGAGAAGAACAAUGAUGCUGAGAUCAAACCAUCCUAUAGUGUUUCUCUGACCGGUGUUUGUGUGAUGGGUGGAGAGAAACUAGUGGUGUGCCAUACACAACAAUACCCAUACAUAGUGUUUUACUGUCAUGCAACAAGGAAGAGGAAGGUGUACACAGUGGCGUUGGAGUGGAAUGAUGGGACAAAGUUGGAGGUUAUAGCUGUGUGCCAUCUUGACACAUCUAAGUAG